AUGGCAUCCACAUGCGCCGCCCCUUCCGUUCUCAUCCUCGCACUGGUGGUGGUUGUGGCCACUGCCGAAUACUACGUGCCACCACAACCUGACGUUCCCAAACCGGUGACUAAACCACCUACCUCCUCCACAUCACCGGUUCAGACUCCAUGCGUGCCAAAACCAAACCCUGACAUAGCCAUCCAAGGUUUCAUCUUCUGCAAAUCUGGCUACGAAACCUACCCUAUCCAAGGGGCCAAGGUUAAGGUUGUGUGUCCAAUCGUGGACUCAUACGGAAAGCUAAUCGCUAAGAUUACACUCUCAAGCUACCCAACGGACUUGAAGGGAUACUUCUAUUUCAUCACGUACGGACUCUCCCAUAAACUGAAGAACAUCAAUGGCUGCAAUGUGAAGCUGGAGAGCUCUCCGGUUUCUUCUUGUAAAACUCCGACCAAUGUAAAUAAAGGAUUCACCGGAGCUCCACUCUCUACCGACAAAUCAAAGUUUCUUAGCGACGACAACUUGAACCUCUACACCUUUGAACCUUUCUAUUUCUCUAGCCCCGUGGCUCCCAAACGGCCGGUUCACUAG